AAAUUCCUCCCGAGACAAGUCGGUAGCUGCUGCAAAUUCCUCCUGGGACAAGUCAGCAGCAGCUUCAAAUUCCUCCCGGGACAAGUCAGCAGCUUCAAAUUCCUCCCGAGACAAGUUGACAACUACAAAUUCCUCCCGAGAUAAGUCGACAACAGUUGCAAGUUCCUCCCGAGACAAGUCUGCAGCUUCAAAUUCUUCUGAGCCAUCAUCAGUUGCUCCAACUAUAUCUGAGCAUCCAUCCGAACCUAAACGUAAAUGUGGGCGUGAAUCUAGGCAUUACUGGACUGUUGAUGCCAUAGAUGAAUAUGAAAAUAGUACACGCCUUCAUUUAUUAGUGAAGGAUGUGCAUAAUUUGCUAGAAGGUUUGCGCUUAGUUGUCAAUUUUGAUAGACAACAUGCAGCAAUAGGAGAAGCAGCCGAACUCCUUGCAGGAGUUUGUGGGUAAUUGGCCACUGAUUGUGUAGCAUUUUCAAUCAGUUUUGAUAAGUGGUCAGACAUUCCAGAGAGCUUUUUUGAAAAUCAAUGGAAUAUUUUUUUCCAAGCUUGAUUUUGCUUCAAAGUGUAUGAUAGCUUGGCCAAACGAUUUCUGCUCCAAUCGCUUGGCAAAAAAUGGAGGGAACAUAGGAUAAAGCUUUGGAAUGAGUUUUAUGAUCCGAGGUUGAAUAAAACCGAGAUUAUAAAUAAUACACCAGAAGAUAUUGCCCUUGAUCAAUGGGCUUUAUUCGUAGAAUAUCGUUUGAAGCCUGAAACUCAGAAUCUUUGUAAGAGGAAUCAAGAAAUUCAGCAAAAAUAAAUAAUUCCUCAUACUUCAGGUGCUAAAUCAAUUGCAAGAAGAAGGGCUGAAUUGACAGAAGAGACGGGAAAAGAAGUUAGUAGGGUUCAAAUGUGGGAUAUCACUCACAAGAAAAUAGAUAGAAGUUAUGUUAAUGAAAAGGCUAAAGAAAUAGCGGAGAAGAUUGAAGCAUAUAGUAGUCAACAAGUGGUGGAAUCAACCAUUAAUUCUCCUCUUGAUGCUCUUGGAGUAGUUCUUGGGAAAGAACACCCUGGUCGUGUUCGAGGUUUAGGCAUGGGAGCUGUUCCAACAGUUGCUUUCAAGAACAACACUACAAGAAUUAGUCAGAUGAAUUUAGGUUCUUCAAAUGAUGCUGGCACAUCAUCUACUUGUGGUCCAAAUGUGCAAAAAGAGUUGGAUACCAUUAAAGCGCAAUUGCAAGAACUAGUCUCCUAUAUUGCUUCUAAGGAAGGAGGUAAAAUUCGAGUGAAAUUGGCUGGAAUGUUCCCUACUCAACAAAUUUCACAGGGAUUGGAUCAAGAGAGUGAGAUUCCAUCACCAAGAGAGUUAGGAAGUAGGUCUUCUGGAGCGAGUAACAAAGAAGCAUGAUCUUGUAUGAUAAAGAUUUUAUGUAUUAAGUAUUAUAGAUAUAUGUUAAGACAAAUUAUUGAAAAAUGUUAUCUUUGAUACUUUGUUUUUGGAUUAUGAUUUUUUAUUUUCGGAGACUGUGU